ACAUUGUUUAAAUCCCAUACAACCAUCAAAGUUGUUAGUUAUUAUAAACAUACUUUGAGGCGCUCGUUUCUUGGUGAAAACUUCAAAUUGCUCUACCAUUUCUUUUACAGACAUCCCAGUGGGAAGUUCCGUCUCUAUUUGAAAGAGAACCAUGGAUAUUAGACGGUUUGGACGGUACUGGGUCAUGGUAUGAAGCGUCAAUACGAUCCGCAGCAUAUAUAAAAGCUGAUUUAAUAUUUCGUAGCUUAGAUGAUGCAAAAGCGGAUACGGUGGUUGAUACAAUGUCAAGCAAACCGAAUUAUGAAAGACAAAUGAUUGUGGACGUUUAUGAUACAUUAUACACUAGACCAAUAAAAACCCGCAUCACAGGUCUUAUUCCGUCAUCGUGCGAACGCCUAAUUCAAGGUUUGCUAAUGGAUUCACCGGUAUUUUUGGCAAGACGCUUGCUCACGGCACUUAGUAAGCUGGAAACUGAAACAGUGUCUAAAAUCCUCUUGACCCUUUGGAAUUCUGAAAUUGAAGUAGUUGAGAAAGUCUUUAAUGAAAUAGCUAUGGAAUCUGGUCGAAACAAAACCCUUGAAGAGCACAUCAAAACAUAUUACAAUAGAAAUCUUAGUGAAGCUUUAUUGUGCUUAACUGAUGGAAAAAGAGAUGAAAAUGAAGUCAUUGGCGAGAUAUGGGAAGGCAUCAUUAAAUGGUUGCCUAAAACUAAUGACAAAAUCGCACAUUUAGAUGUUGUGGAAAUGAAAAACAUAUUUGAGCUACGGGAUGUAGGUUCAGCUGGGAAAGUAACUCAAAUUAUCUGCAGAAGAACACCAUUUCAGUUACAAGAAGAUAACGCGUUAUUUACUAAGGUGAGUUGGAUAAAUAAACAGCGAAGUUUUGCAAUUAAUGACUAAGGGUUAAAGCUAGCAGUUUAGUACUAUACGUCUAUCAGCAGUGACCUAAAGCUGUAAAUUAAACUUAGUCAUUGACUAAAACACACCGUACAUAUUGUAUUAGGGCACUGGUUUCUAAAUUCAAUUGACAAAAAAGUGUUAGUAUUUUGUCUAUUAGCGGGAAAUCAUUUGCAGAGCGUAGAAAGCAAUAGAAGUUAGUUCUGUGAAGCACAAUUAAUUCAAUUGCA